UCUGUCUCUUUCUAUCUCUUUUUUCUGUCUCUCUUUUUGUGUCUUUUUGUUGCUCUUCCUCUUUGGCUUUUAAAAACACCGACUGUGUGGUGUGUUUCCUGUGUUCGUUUUGUCUCUAUAUCGGUGUUUCUGUCGCCUUUCAUCGCCUACACAUCGCCAACACAUUGGUAACAUUCAAUUUCAAUCGGAAUCGUAGAGUCGUCAUCACAUCUACAAUAAAUCCAGGAAUAAAUAAUAUUGUGUUAUAAUCGAAUUAUAUUAAUAUACUACAAGAAAAAUGGCUGAUCAAUUAACAGAAGAGCAAAUUGCUGAAUUUAAGGAAGCCUUUUCACUGUUUGACAAGGAUGGUGAUGGAACUAUUACAACCAAGGAACUGGGAACAGUCAUGAGAAGUCUAGGUCAAAAUCCAACUGAAGCGGAACUUCAAGAUAUGAUCAAUGAGGUUGAUGCCGAUGGUAAUGGUACUAUUGAUUUUCCCGAAUUCUUGACAAUGAUGGCAAGAAAAAUGAAAGAUACAGAUUCUGAAGAAGAGAUUCGUGAAGCUUUCCGUGUUUUUGAUAAAGAUGGUAAUGGUUUUAUUUCUGCUGCUGAAUUGAGACAUGUAAUGACUAAUUUGGGAGAGAAAUUGACUGAUGAAGAGGUAGAUGAAAUGAUUCGAGAAGCUGAUAUUGAUGGCGAUGGUCAAGUAAAUUAUGAAGAAUUUGUGACGAUGAUGACAUCCAAAUGAAAAAUAUGAAAUUAAAGAAAAAAAAUACAUGCGCUCACAGUGACCCCACCUUAAAAUGUUUUCUUCAAAGCUCUUCUUUCUUUUCUUUAUCAUCUCUGUCUUUCUUUCUUUCUCUCUUUCUCUCUCACUUUAACUCUUUUCUCUAUCUAUCUCUCUUUCUUCCUCUCUCUCUCUCUCUCUUACUGUUUCACUUGUAUCAACAUGACCUCUUAUAGAGGGUGGGCCUGAGCUCACUCAGUCAUGUUAUCAUGACACCUUGUAAAAAAAGGGUAUUACAACAAUAAAACAUUUAACUCAUUGUUACCCAAAA